AUGUCGGAGAUUGUGGACACGGAGCUGCUGGUGAACUGCACCAUCCUGGCGGUGCGGCGCUUCGAGCUCAACAGCAUCGUGAAUACCACGCUCCUGAAUAGCUUCAAUCGCACGGAGGUGGUCAGCCUGCUGGCGGGAUUCAUCGAGAACCGCGACAAUCUCGAGAGCAUCGACGAGGCAAAAGACUUUCUCACCGAGUGCCUGUUUCCAUCGCCGACGCGUCCGUACGAGUUGCCAUGGGAGCAGAAAACGAUUUGGGCCAUCGUUUUUGGCCUGAUGAUGUUUGUGGCCAUUGCCGGCAAUGGAAUUGUACUCUGGAUUGUAACAGGACAUCGCAGCAUGAGAACGGUCACAAAUUACUUCCUGCUGAACCUUAGCAUCGCCGACCUGCUCAUGUCCUCGCUGAACUGUGUCUUCAAUUUCAUAUUCAUGGUGAACUCCGAUUGGCCAUUCGGCUCCAUUUAUUGCACCAUCAAUAAUUUUGUGGCCAAUGUCACGGUCUCCACAUCGGUCUUCACACUCGUGGCCAUCAGUUUUGACAGGUACAUCGCCAUUGUGCAUCCGCUGAAGCGUCGCACGUCCCGUCGGAAGGUACGAUUCAUUCUGGUGAUGAUCUGGGCCCUAAGCUGCGUUCUGUCGGCCCCCUGCCUUCUCUACUCCAGCAUCAUGACCAAACACUACUAUAAUGGAAAAUCGCGAACUGUUUGCUUCAUGAUGUGGCCGGAUGGACGCUAUCCCACUUCGAUGACGGACUAUACGUAUAAUCUGAUUAUAUUGGUGCUGACAUAUGGUAUACCCAUGAUUGUGAUGCUCAUCUGCUACUCGCUGAUGGGUCGGGUGCUGUGGGGCAGUCGAUCGAUUGGCGAGAACACGGACCGGCAGAUGGAGUCGAUGAAAUCCAAGCGGAAAGUGGUACGCAUGUUCAUAGCGAUUGUGUCGAUAUUCGCCAUCUGCUGGCUGCCCUACCAUCUGUUCUUCAUCUAUGCGUACCACAAUAAUCAAGUGGCAUCCACAAAGUACGUGCAGCACAUGUAUCUGGGAUUCUAUUGGCUGGCCAUGUCCAACGCCAUGGUGAAUCCCAUCAUCUACUAUUGGAUGAACAAGAGAUUCCGCAUGUACUUCCAACGGAUCAUUUGCUGCUGCUGCGUGAGCUUCAGCCGCCAUCGCUUCGACUCGCCCAAGAGUCGUCUGACGAACAAAAAUAGCUCCCAUCGUCAUACAAGAGCCGAAAACAAGAGCCAGUGGAAGCGCAGCACCAUGGAGACACAGAUCCAGCAGGCGCCGCCGACCACCAACUCCUCGAGGGGGGACAACCGACGGCCGGUGUCCAUGAAGAGCAGUCUCAACCGCACGGCAGUGGAGUGCAUCAUGGAAAAGCCGGCAGCGGACGAUAAUAGCUCUAACCUCUGUCUAUCCAUCAACAAUAGCUUGGGGGAGCGGCAGCGCGUGAAAAUCAAGUACAUCUCCUGUGACGAGGACAAUAAUCCCGUGGAGAGCGGUCCUCCCAAGCAGCUCUGA